CAUAGUAAGACACAGAGGCGGAACUUCCGGGUGAUGGAAAGUUGUCAACAGUUUCUUAGGAGGAGAAUUAAUCUGUAAAUCUAGAUUCGUUAGUGUCGCUUUAAAGAAAACCCAAUCCGAGUCUGCGCAAGAGGAGCGAAUCCGCGGGGUUUCUAUCGAUUUGUAGAUUAUCGGGUGAAUCUGAUGCGAACUGAUGAAGAAUAAACAAACUUAUCGGGUGUGGAUGAUCAAUCUCAAUCAGUCUCUAACGGGAUUUUAAUCUUUGUUUUUAUUUUAACGGAAUAUUCCCUCUCCUCUAGGGGUUUUGGCAGCAUGUGAACUGACUCUUUACUGUGUUAAAGUUCACACAAUUUACGACGGUGUGUAACUUGACUCUUUAAAGUGACUGCAGGCUGAGUUUAAGGGCUAAUUCAGAUUUCUGGGGGGCUUCGCGUCUGAUUGUGCUGUUUCUUUGCGACUGAUCUGCUGUGAUUCCUGUCAUCUGUUGAGUCGAUGCGGGUCAGUUUUCUGUUCUGCUCCUAAACUUGCUGAGUUUCUCGUCACCCUUUGGGUUUCUCACAUACAGAUCACCAUCGACGGAAACAGAACUUCUGGUUUUUGUAGUUACCAAACUUGUCCUGCAGACCUAAAAUGAUGUCCUGACAUGUUCAGGCCUUGAGCUGCAGCAAGAAAUAAUGUAAAACGCCCUAAUUAUGGUGUUUAUUUUCUUUACAUCUUUCGGUUAGGCUGUUUGAUCUUGAGAGUAUUAGAUCUGUGCAUGCAUGGUGAUCAGGAGCCUCUGGAUUGUGUCCUGAGCUGUGAACACACAUACUGUACGACUGCCAGAGGAAACAGCCAUCAGAGCCGAGCCUUGCGCAACCGCUGGGCAGAGAACUGCUCUUAUUACUGUACUGGCUGCAGUUACACUCGAAACAGCCCAGAGAGAAAGAGGACAGAGCCAAAUGCAAUGGAAUAAAUUUGUUUUAAGUUUUCAGUUUUGACAGAUUUUUACCUGCGGACAGAGAAUAUGAUUUAUCUAAUCCAGAUUGACUCGAGAGACUGAGCGGAAGAAAACCAAAUGGUUAGGACAUUCGUUUCUUAAAGCUUUUUGCUGUUUGGUUUCUACUGUAAAAUAAUGAACAACCAAGAUCGAGUUUGGAGUGCUUAACGUCACACCGCUCGGUGCAGAAUGAGUGGCGGAAAGAAACGAAGCGGUUUUCAAAUCACCAGCGUCACGUCGGACUACAAUCAGGUUUCUGGAGAACACCAUCCGCCGGAGCUCCUCAGCCCUGGAACUCAAAGAGCCACGCCCCCUUCUAACAGAAACCCCGCCCAUGGGAGGAGCCCCAGAAGCCAGACUGCAUCGCCCACUCAAAUCUUAUCCAAUGGGCUGUCUCUGCGCCAUAACCCCGCCCUCCAGAUGCAGCAGAGCUCUAGUCAGCCGACUACACCCGUCACGGCUAGGAAGCACAGUUUGUUAGAUGGGGCGUCACGUUUCCGCGUUGUGCGUUUGGAUCAAGGACCGGGCGAACCAUAUAAACGCGGCCGCUGGACAUGUGUGGAUGUGAUGGAGAGGGAAGUUGAGGAGCGUGGGCUCCGCCGUGUGAUUGACAGCAUGAGACACGCCCACUCGCUGGAGUCCUUAGAGACAGUCGGGCUUGGCGGAGCUGAAGGAGCAGUGGGCGGAGCCAGACUCAAAUCAUUGAGCGUGCAGGCAGAUCACAUGGUACAUUCACAGGGCACCACCCACCCGCUGACCAAAUGCCGGACAGACUCCGCUCACAACGGCCAGCCCUCGCCCACACACGACACGCAGCCAAUCAGGUCGCCGAUCACGCCGCGGAUGCGCAACAUACCCGCCCCACUGCGCCUCGACAUGGAUGCUGGCGGCAAGCUGCGGACCACACGCUCACAGCCGGCAUCGCCCGGAUCUCGCCCAGGUCGAGACAGUCCCUUCUAUCCGGCGCUGACGCCCAUCCAGACGCCCUCCGCUUUCGCGCUGGCGCAGUCCAUGUUCGGCAUGAGCCAAGCCUUUGAGUUUGUGGGAGACGACGGGUGAGACGAAACGCUGCUAACGAACAUUGUUUUGUGUAUUUGGUGUAAUGCAAUGUGUUUAUGUGGUUUAAGGUUAAAAAAACAUUAUUUUCGAUAUAAUGUACAUUAUUGUUUCUUUGUUCUGAAACGCGUAAAUUUUUACAAAGCUCAUCAGUCUCAAAAGCGACGUGUGCUCUGAUUGGCCAGCUAUCCAGUGCGUUGUGAUUGGCUGAAUACCUCAAGCGUGUGACGGUAAUGUUACCAUAUUUGGAAACAGACAGCAUCUCCACGGUAACAACACUAAUUUAUUUGUGACUAUACGGAUCUUAUCUAUGCACCGCUUGUAACAAGACAAAGACAAAGGAAAACAUUUAAUCAUGUGACCUGACCGCUUUAAGGGCCGUUUACAGUAAUAAGGACAACUAUAACGAUAACUGUACGUUUGACAAUCGUCAGGAGAACAGCAGUAAGUCCACAGCACAACUAUAACAGCUAAAGAACAUUAAAAACAUUGACAGCCAAUCAAAAUCCAAGCAUUUAAAGCGACAGACAACAAAACUGUAGCAUACUGUAAUAAAUAUAAUUAUUUGGUUCGUUGGUGUGGAAAUUAAUAUAUUUACAUUUAGUCAUGUUGCAGACGCUUUUAUCCAAAGAGAUUUACAAUUCGGAAAUACAUAAUAUAGUUAUCGUCUAUUGGUGUGAACGGGGUUUAACGGCAAUGACAGCG